CGUGCGAAUGUGAUUUGUGUGAAAGUUGGUGGAAAUUUAACAAGGCCAAGUCUGAAACAAAACAGUUACCAAGUAUGUCGACACAAAUGACUUUUGCGAAUAAGUCUUUUGUAAAACCGCCGGAGAAGGGCAGCUUCCCAUUAGAUCACAAGGGUGAAUGUAAAGAGGUCAUGUUUAAGUACAUGCGGUGUCUUCGGCGUAAUGAACUAGAAAACACCAAAUGCAGAGAAACGUCCCUCGAGUACCUGAAGUGCAGAAUGGAAAAAAACUUGAUGCAGAAAGAAGACUAUGAUAAACUUGGAUUUCGAGAUAUUAUUCAGGAGGAUAGCCAGAAAGUUAAUGAUGCUACGUGACUGCAAACUGCUUUGUGUGUGAAUUGCCAAUAUAGUGAUUUUAAAUCGUACUAAUUGAUGUAAAUGUGAAAAUCAGAUUGUACAGGUAAUAUUCUUUCAUCAGCAGAAUUGGCGUCAUCUCAUCAAGAGAACCAUGUAUCCUCUCAUCAGCAGAAUUGGCAGAAUACCAUUAAAAGACAUGAUUGUUUACCGUUAUAAAACAGAUUUCUGCUUUUUCAAUAUUCCAUUACCAAUUUUUAGUUUUCUUUUGUUAUAAUUUUUAACGAGUUCUCAUUCAGAACACUUCGCUUUAAUUUAUGAUGCCAGAAAAAACGAAAUUUGCCGGGAUGUACCAAAAAUAGCCUAAUAUUACAAUGUGAUCUUCAUGACUGUCCAGUAUUGUCAUUGGCCUACAGUUUCCAAUAGACCAAUUUUACUAGUUCACUGGGUAACAACUUGGCAAACAGUUUGCCUUUUGAAAAAAUGGAGUCCCGUGUUGUUACAGAACCCCCCAAACUGGAAAGCCAUCUCUCAGUCCGCAUUAACAUCGCUAUGGUCGAGUAAAAUAGUGGGUUUUUAUUGGUAGGGUGCACAAUCAUGUCUGAAGUAUUAACAUACUUUAUGUUUAUAAAUGGACAUGCAUUUAAUACGUUCUAUGCCGACUAUGCACCAGCCUCGGUAGUGUAGUGGUUAAGCCAUUGACAUUAAACUACUGGCUUUGCAUCCCCGAGGCUUGUAGUGAGGAGGUGUAAAAGCCACCACAGUAAUCUCCCUUACUAACCAGUGACAUUAAAUGAAAAUUAAUGCUUUUCUCAUUUAUGCCACUAUAUAGCAUAACCAAGGAAUUGCUGCCUACCACCUGGUUACAGUGGUACUAGUGGUAGGCAAAGAUUCCCACUCUUUAAUACAACAAUAAUCCUAUGUUUGACACUAAAUACCUUUACAUUGAUAAUUUUCCCCCGACUGUAUCCCCUUUGAAUAAUGUUCCAGUUAAAUACGUAGCUGCUGACAGGUUUCUUCCUGUAGUGUGUGUAUUAUUAUUUUUACUAUGACGUAUUUGUUAUUGGGGAACUCGAAAAUGAUCAAUGACAGUGUAGUAAAGGUAUUUAGCAUCAUAGGAUUAUUGUUGUAUUAGUGAGAAUCUUUGCCUACCGUGUGGUAAGCAGCAAUUCUGCAUUUUCGCUAUAGAGUUAUACCUUGGACACUUAGCUGUCAUGUAUAAUAUUUGGUUCUUCCUUGAUCAUUGUUAUUGAAUAUCAACUACAUGUAGCAUUUUUAAUGAGUAUGUAUUUGACUAAAAUGUUUUUCUGUAUUUGGAAAUUGGUAGUAUUUUUAUGUUUUGUUAACACACUAACAUCUUUAGUUUUAUCAAUAUAAAUAUAUCUGACUCUGUAAAGACACAUUUUUAUUUUAAAACAAAUAAAAAUUAUUAUUAUAGCAAAAUAAAAGAAAAUAUCUAGAUUU